AUGUCAAGUGUACAAGAACAAGACCAUUAUAACGAUGUUAUGAGUAGUGACGGUGAGGAUGAUGAUGAUGUUGAGAUGCUAGAUUCUGUGAAUGAGGAUGCAACUGUUGGUUGUGCACCUGCACUAGUUUCACUUGGAAAGAAACAUAAACUUAGAUCCCAAGUUUGGGAAUUUUUUAAACUCGUUAAAUAUAAAGAUGGAACAAAGAAGGGAGUGUGCAAGGCUUGUAAUGCAGGAUAUAAAUAUGAAAGCCAAAAAGGUGGAACCCCAGCCAUGAAAAGGCAUAAGUGCCCUAACCGUAGGAUAUGUCUAACAUCAGACAUGUGGACUUCUGUAACGACUACUGGAUAUAUAAGCUUAACUGCGCACUAUCUUGAUCAAGAUUGGGUGUUGCAAAAGAAGCUUCUGAAUUUAUGUCCCCUUCCACCACCUCAUACAGGUGAACACCUUUCUGCUAAGUUAUUUGCAAUGAUAGAAGAUUGUGGAAUUGAAGACAAGAGUAGACUUGUUGCAAAGAAGAUCUUGUUGAACGAUGGAAAAUUAUUUCAUGUGCGUUGUUGUGCUCAUAUUUUAGCUCUUAUUGUAAAAGAAGGACUUAAGAAGAUUGAUCCAGCCGUGCUUAAGAUAAGAUUGUCAGUGAAGUCCCUUAAAAAGUCCCAAGUAAGAAAACAAAAGUUCUUGGACAUUGUUGAUACUUUAGGAAUGUCUGGAAUGAAAAGGGGUAUUCGUCAAGACGUAAAGACAAGGUGGAAUUCAACUUAUCUUAUGUUAGAUAGUUGUAUCCUGUAUAAGCCAGUUUUCUCUCAUUUGAAGUUGGUAGAUUCGGACUAUGAAGACUGUCCAACUGAUGAAGAAUGGGAACAAAUUGAAGUAGUCACAAAGUUUCUCAAGGUGUUUCAUGAUCUCACAAAGAUAUUUUUUGGUAGUAAGUAUCCUACUUCCAAUCUGUAUUUUGAAAGAAUUUGUCAAGUUCAGGUGUUACUAAAGAAAGAAAGCAGAAAUGAUAUUGAAUUCAUUAGGAACAUGGUAAAAGAGAUGCAAGCAAAAUUUGAUAGUUAUUGGAAGGAGUUGAGUCCUAUAUUGGUUAUGGCAGUUGUGUUAGAUCCUAGAUCGAAAAUGAAUUUUGUGAAAUUUACUUACUCAAAGUUGUAUCCUGAGGUGAGAGAAUUAGAACGUGAAGUUAAUAAAGUGCGUAGUAAUAUGAAAACACUUUUUAAUGAGUAUUACACCUUGUCAAGUUCAACAGCUUCCAACAGUUGUGCAACUCAAAAUUUGGGUAUUCAAAAUGGUGGGAAUUCUGCUGCCGAAGAAGGAAGUGAUUUUUUUCAGGAAUAUGUUGCAACACAGGAACGUGGUGGUGAUGUACUAACUGACUUGUCAGAGUUAGAUGAAUAUCUUGGCGAGUCGUACAGAGGAAAAGAAGAUAUGGAUGAGAACAAUGGGAUUAUUGAAGAAGAUGUAUUAGGAUUUGAACCUGAUGCAGUGGAGGAUGGGGGCAGUGGAGGAUGUGGAGGAAGAAGUGGUUAA